UUCACUAAGGAAGAUAAGGAUCCACUCUUUGGCAGGACUGACAGGAAAAUGCAGAUGCGAACAGGAGGGAUGGAUAACAGGGUCUCAGGCACCACCAGCAAUGGAGAGACGAAGCCCAUGUGUGCGGCCACGGAGAAGGUGGAGCCCGACGGCACCCUGGAACGCGGGCAGUGGAGCAACAAGAUGGAGUUCGUGCUGUCGGUGGCCGGCGAGAUCAUCGGCCUAGGCAACAUCUGGAGGUUCCCUUACCUCUGCUACAAGAACGGGGGAGGAGCCUUCUUCAUCCCCUACCUCAUCUUCCUCUUCACCUGUGGCAUUCCUAUUUUCUUCUUGGAGACAGCACUGGGUCAGUACACCAGCCAGGGAGGCAUCACAGCCUGGAGGAAGAUCUGUCCUCUGUUGGAGGGCAUCGGCUACGCAUCCCAGAUAAUCAUCAUUCUCCUCAAUAUCUACUAUAUCGUCGUCCUGGCCUGGGCCUUCUUCUACCUCUUCAGUAGCUUCACCACUGACCUCCCCUGGGGAAGCUGUCGCCAUGAGUGGAACACGGAGAACUGCGUGGAGUUCCAGAAGACCAAUGUCUCCCUGAACGUCACCGCUGAGAAUGCCACCUCCCCGGUCAUUGAGUUCUGGGAGAGGCGGGUCCUGAAGCUCACGGACGGCAUCCAGCACCUGGUCCUGCACUGGGAGAUGGUCUUGUGCCUCUUGCUGGCCUGGGUCAUCUGCUACUUCUGCAUCUGGAAGGGGAUCAAAUCCACGGGCAAGGUGGUGUACUUCAGCACGUUCCCCUACCUCAUGCUGGUGGUCCUGCUCAUUCGAGGGGUGACGCUGCCCGGGGCCACCCAAGGAAUCCAGUUUUACCUGUACCCCAACAUCACGCGGCUGUGGGAUCCCCAGGUGUGGAUGGACGCGGGCACCCAGAUCUUCUUCUCCUUCGCGCUCUGUCUAGGGUGCCUGACGGGCCUGGGCAGCUACAACAAGUACCACAACAACUGCUACAGGGACUGCAUCGCCCUCUGCUUCCUCAACAGUAGCACCAGCUUCUUGGCUGGCUUUGCCAUCUUCUCCAUCCUGGGCUUCAUGUCUCAGGAGCAAGGCGUGCCCAUUUCUGAAGUGGCGGAGUCAGGUGAGAGCGGUUGACAAACCAGCGCCCCGGUGCUCGCCUUCAUCGCCUACCCCCGGGCUGUGGUGAUGCUGCCGUUCUCGCCUCUGUGGGCCUGUUGCUUCUUCUUCAUGGUGGUUCUCCUGGGACUGGAUAGCCAGUUUGUGGGCGUCGAAAGCCUGGCCACGGCGCUGGUGGACCUGCACCCCGGGAUAUUGCGCAAGAAGAACCGGAGGGAGCUCCUCAUCUUGGCCGUGGCCGUCUUCUCCUUCCUGGUCGGGCUGAUCAUGGUCACGGAGGGCGGCAUGUACGUGUUCCAGCUCUUCGACUACUACGCGGCCAGCGGCAUGUGCCUCCUGUUCGUGGCCAUCUUUGAGUCCCUCUGUGUGGCUUGGAUUUACGGAGCCGGGCGCUUCUACGACAACAUUGAAGAUAUGAUUGGAUACAGGCCCUGGCCACUGAUCAAAUACUGCUGGCUCUUUUUCACCCCAGCUGUGUGUAUGGCCUCCUUCCUGUUCUCCCUGGUCAAGUUUACCCCGUUGACCUACAACAACAAGUACACCUACCCCUGGUGGGGCGACGCCCUGGGCUGGCUCCUGGCGCUGGCCUCCAUGAUCUGCAUUCCCACCUGGAGCUUCUACCGGCUCGGCACCCUCAAGGGGCCCUUCCGAGAGAGGCUCCGCCAGCUCCUGUGCCCAGCGGAGGACCUGCUGCCCCAGCGGAACCGGGCGGGACCCCCCACCCCCGUGACGCCCAGAACGUCCCUUCUCAGACUCACGGAACUCGAGUCCCACUGCUAG